AUUUUCGCUAAAAAGGGGGAUGCGGGUCUAGCCUGGCAACAAAUCAUACAACAAAAGGAAGUGAGGCGUUUACGUACUACAUAUUUGUGUUUAUAUAACCUCAAGAACUCCCCCAGAAAAACGUUUUACUGAGGUCACAUUUGGACCAAAUGAAGAAUUGAAGUUGUUAGGACAAUCAUGGAGUGAAAAGCAAGAAGUUGGUCUGAAUUCACACGAGUUGUUUAGGCCUUUCCAGGGCCCUUUGGGGCCCAGGAAGAGGAUGCAUCGUGGUGGGGAUAAGGACUUCCAGAUAUCAGCACGAAAGAUGGGCACAUCUUUGCUUUUUCAACUGUCAGCUCAUGAAAGAGAGUUGGAUUUGGUAUUUCUGGACCACAGCUAUGCCAAACCAUGGAAUGCCCACCCAGAUGCCAGCAGCGCCCGCCCCACAAGGACGCUGUUUGUUACCCCUCGUCGCCAGCCUGAAGCUUUGUUAGACUCUGAUUCUUUAAUAGAUGUGGAAACGGUCAUACCAACACCCGCUCCUCUGUAUGAUAAUCAGAAAGCUCUCAAUGUGAUGAAGGAGUGUGAGCGGCAUGUUUUAUUUGCUCGCACGGUUGCCGAGAGCCCCCCGCCCCCUGAUGACUGGGAGGAACACUUAAACAAGACUGGAUGGUCAGUGGCCCAGAACAAACUGUUCAAUAAAGUCCUCAAAGCUCUUCAAGCUGAAAGACUAGCUCGUCUGGCCAAUGAAAAUGCGUCCAAUGAGCCAAUUUUGCGGAGGAUAGCUGUGGACAAGUGUGCCAGGAAGGUGCGGAAUGCAUUAGCCAGCGUGAACUGGGACACCAAACUGACGCAGUGGUUGCACACCAUUAUGAUUGAAUCUUUAAGCCUUGCCAUGCUUGCCGCUUACCUGGAUGUGCUACAGACUCUCAAAAGCAAGUUGCCCCUGCUGAUUGACAGAAUGUUGCUGACUUCAACAAAGACUGGUGCUCCAAGUGCAGAGGCUCUGUCGCUGUUACUGAAACGACCCUGGGACCCAGCUGUUGGAGUCCUGUCCCAAAACAAACCGAGCAAGCUUCCUGGGUCACCACUCAUCCUGAUUGCACCAUCAAGCCCAACCAAUCCUGCCCUCUCUACCUCACGGCGAAUGAGAUUCUGGCAGUCGCAGCUCUCCUGUUUGGGAAAGGUCAUCCCUGUGCACACUCAUGUGAACAGCAGCGCGAAUAUUGGGAUCACACAGUGCCUCGAACACAUGUUGGGCACUGUCAGAGCCAAGGUCAUGGAGGUUCACAGUCACUUUCCUCAUAAACCCAUCAUUCUGGUCGGCUGGAACACUGGUGCUCUCAUCGCUUGUCACGUAUCCCUUAUGGAGUAUCUGACUGCUGUGGUUUGUCUUGGCUUUCCCCUGCUAACAGUCAAUGGGCCAAGAGGGGAUGUUGAUGACCCGUUGCUGGACAUGAAGACUCCAGUGUUGUUCGUGGUUGGCCAGAAUGCUUUGCAGUGUAGCAUAGAAGGCAUGGAGGAGUUCAGAGAGAAACUGAGAGCAGACAACAGCAUGGUGAUGGUGGGCGGAGCCGACGACAACCUUAGAAUCAGUUCAGCAAAGAUGAAAUCAGAGGGACUGACACAGACCAUGGUGGACCGCUGCAUUCAGGAUGAGAUAGCUGACUUCUUGUCAGGCGUCCUCACACGAGCAGAGGGCCACAGCCAUGGCUCAGGGGAGAUGAGAGACCUGGACACGGAGAAGAAGAAAAGGCCUCGACGGGAGCUUCCCUUUGACAUGGAGAGAGGACGACCUUCCUCCCCUGCACUUAGAGUUCCCAUCUCACCAUCGGGUUCAGAAGAUCUGUCCAGUGUUUGUAGCAGCCCCACUUCAAGUCCCAAACCCAAGACGUCCGGUCUGUCCCCAGCACAGAAGUCCAGCCUGAUCACAGCCACGCAGCUCCUCAAGACACACAUGCAGCGCUCUGGCACAGUACUCACUCACAAACAAGCUCAAGCUCAGUUUGCUGCUUUUAUGAAACAAAACAUGCUUGUGAGGAAAAAUCUUCCUCCUGGCACCCCUCCUUGUAUUUUUGUGCCAGUGACCAGUGAUCAGAUGGAAGGCCUGGACAGAGAUGAACUGAGGCCCCAUGGCAAGAGGAGGCAGACGCCUAGUCCCACGCCAAACAAAGCCUCCAAGAGAGCCAAGAUCAAGGUCACCAUAGUUUCCCAAAGCGACUCAGCAGGGGGCAGCAUCAUCCCUGCUGCACAGGAAGUGGGUGUUUCUGGCAAGCCUGUUACAGUGACAGUGGGACAGACUGUGGCUGGAGCCAAGGAGCUCUCUGGACUUCUUACAGGCCAGCGGUCUGGUAGUCUCUCAGAGAUGUCUGGUGCCCUGUCCCCAGGCUCCAGCUCAUUCAGCAGCGUGCAGCCUUGCAUGGUGUCAGGGUCCUCCGCACCAGCCCAGGCACAAGCUCCGGCUACUGCCCAAGCGCCUUCCGCCAGCAGUCUGCUACAAGGUCUAAGUUUCAGUCUUCAGGAGAUCGUCACCAAAGCUCCUAGCUUGCCCUCCACAGCGGCCAACACAGGCAGCACCCAGGCAGUUUGUGGCAAGCCUCAGGGUCAGGUCCUGAGCUCCGUGGGUACCAGCAGCAGUACUCUGCUCCGGGCGGUGCCUGUGGUCACCACGGGAGGAGUGGCUAAAACCACCGCUAUCCACCAGCUGCUCACCAACGGCGGGCUGGCUAAACUAGCCAGCAGCUUGCCCGGCUUGGCUCACAUCACCAAUCAGACCGCUGGUAUGUCUCGAACAGCCAAAACACGACGGCCACGUUGAAUGGCCAGGGUUCAUUCAUCCAUUGUUUUGGAAACAGUAGAUCAGGAUGUCUGUAGGCCAGGGAGGACUGCCGCCGUAGAGGACCGUAGAGGAAAGCUCUGUCGACAUGCGUGAUAGUUUGCCUGGAAGAACCCGACUGUGAUGCAGCUAUACGGCAUCAGAGGGCACAUAGACGUACGACAUGUUUUGUUUUCAUGUUCAGAAAGAGCCAUAUGGGAAUUAUAUGGUCAAAAAACACACCUUUUGCUUGACACAUAAUGUUUAUGUAGAAAUGGAUGCAUUGUAAAAUAUAAAUGUGUGAAACCCUUUAAAGCGCAACAAUUGUGAAGUAAUUUAAAAUCAGUGUUGGUAAGGUUGACCAAAUUUAAUAAGAUUCCCCAAAAGUUCAGUCCACACUGCUUCUGUAUGUCAGAUUUGUUUAUUAGCGUCAUUUCAUGUUUGUUUUUAUUUUGUUUGCCUCUUUGUGUAGCAACAUUUUGUACAACGCUUUCAUUAAAUCACCUGCUAAUAAUAUCCAUAAGUGUGAAUGCUGAACUUUCACAGAGAUGUGUUGGAAAACAAUAAAGCACAUGGCAUUUCCCAAGCUUCUUGUUGGUACAAUAAAGACUGGAAUCAAACUCA